GCGGCGCCGCGCACAGUCCGGCUUCGUGGUGACGGCGCCGCGGGGAGUGGGGGCAAUGCCCGGGACGGCAGCGCCCUGCUGCGGGGCCGCGGGAUAGCGCGGGGCGCCGCGCACCUUCCGCGGGCCACCCCGUGCCGGCAGAAGCUGGAGCGGCGAGACUGCUCUGCAAUGACUACAGCAAGAUAUAGGCCUACCUGGGACUUAGUACUUGACCCAUUAGUGUCCUGCAAACUCUGCCUGGGUGAAUAUCCUGUGGAGCAGAUGACAACAAUAGCACAAUGCCAAUGUAUCUUCUGUACCCUGUGCCUAAAACAGUAUGUGGAACUUUUGAUCAAAGAAGGUCUAGAAACAGCAAUCAGCUGUCCUGAUGCUGCCUGCCCAAAACGAGGUCAUCUGCAAGAAAAUGAGAUUGAGUGUAUGGUUGCAUCAGAAAUCAUGCAAAGGUAUAAGAAGCUACAGUUUGAAAGAGAAGUGCUUUUGGAUCCGUGUCGGACUUGGUGUCCAUCCUCUACUUGCCAGGCAGUUUGCCAGCUCCAAGAAUCAAGCCCACAGGACCCCCAGCUGGUCCAGUGCAAAGCCUGCGACAUUGAGUUCUGCUCUGCUUGCAAAUCUAAUUGGCAUCCAGGUCAAGGCUGUCAAGAGAAUAUGCCAAUCUCCUUUCUUCCAGGAGAAACAAGUUCAGUUUUUAAAAUGGAAGAAGAUGAUGCUCCAAUCAAACGCUGUCCAAAGUGUAAAGUUUACAUUGAACGAGAUGAAGGCUGUGCCCAAAUGAUGUGUAAGAACUGCAAACAUGCCUUUUGCUGGUACUGUCUGGAAUCUCUAGAUGAUGAUUUUCUCCUUAUACAUUAUGACAAAGGACCUUGUCGAAACAAACUGGGACACUCCAGGGCGUCUGUUAUCUGGCACAGAACACAGGUGGUUGGAAUUUUUGCAGGAUUUGGUCUUCUACUUUUGGUGGCCUCCCCUUUCCUUCUACUUGCUACACCAUUUGUUCUGUGCUGCAAGUGCAAAUGUAAUAAAGGAGAUGAUGACCCUCUACCUACCUAGACUGAGAGACAACUGGACUCAUCACAACAUGUUUUGAUUUUAUUGUUGCUGUUGAUGUUUCCCUUCUUGCACUUACAUUGCUGUAGCGUUACUUGCCCCAUUCUGCUUUUCAUUGACAGACAGUCUUGGUUUCAGUAACUGUUGUUACUGCCAUUGCAUAGGUAAUUGAUAAUAGACAAGGAGGGGAACAGAAGGCAAGAUUGGUGCUAAAGGGAGACCAUGGACUUGGGUAGCUAUCUGAAAUGAAGCAGUGAUACUGCUAAAAAUAAUGCAAAAAGUUUCUGCUGCCCUGCUGGUGCACUGGGAACUGUACUGAAAGACAUCAGCAAAACAAGCUUAAAAUGCAUACAAAUCUAAACUUCUGCAUAUCUUUUUGCUUCCAAAUUUGGUGUCUUAUUCCUAUAUAUAUUUAACUUGCCUAUCAUUUAAAUGAGAUAGUCAACCUAGUGUGACUUUGCCAUGUUUGUUACAUAUCUGUUUUUGUUGAAGCCAUUACAAUGUCCUUUUUAGUACCUAUUUGAAGUAUAACAAAAUCAAUAAGGUGCAUACAGGCCAUCCUAUGCCUUUCUUGAGAUUUGGAGAGGGUUAGAGGGACAAAAUUGGUCCUGUUGCCUUUCAGGAAAUUUUUUGAAGUCUUAUAAGGAGCUUGUUUGAUUGAAAGCUACAUUUAAGAAAGGAAUUACUAGAGCUGAAAGGUUGAGCACUGACACAAACCUACCUAAUCAAGGUUCUUUUAAAAAAUCAUUGAUGGUGUUGAUUACCGCUGGACUGCUAGUUCAGUUUUUCCGAAUUGUUAUUUUUUUGCUGUUGUUUAGGGUUCUGCUACACUUAUAGGGCUACAUACCUUCUAAUCCAGGUAUCUUAAUCUUUUUAUAUAGAGAUAUAUAUAUAUAAUCCUAUUUAAACCAAAUGUGUAAAUAGCUGUGCUAUUGAAAUAUUUUGGAAGUUCAAGAUAGCUUGCUUCUGUCUUUAGGGCAGUUACUAAAAAAAAUGCAGGACUAACUUAACUAUUUAGCAGACUCUUGGGUUAUCGAUGAAUCUUUCCUUUUAAGAAUAGAAAUACAUCAGGAUUAUCCCUGUAGUUAAUAAAAAUGCCUGGGAUAUUUGUGGAAGUUGUACUUUGCAUUUAAAAUACUUAGCCCAUUUUCAGAGUUACUAUCGUAUGAUAUAUGGUGUUUGCUGUUAAUAACAAUACUGUGAUGAAACAACUUUUUAUUUAAAAAGUAAUCACUUGACUUGAUAGUUCUGCAGUAUUCAGAGUGCUGUGGUUCCAGGGUAGCAAAGCAUUCUAGUCAACAUGCUAUUAAUCAUUGUGGCUUCUCUUCAGAAAUAUUUUGGUGAAAAUCAUUUUGCUCCAAUUUUAAAUAAUUGGGCAAUAAUUUGACUAAACUUAUUUUCAUGGAAUAUGAAGCACCUGAAACAAUGUGUAUGUCUGUGCUUGGUACUGAAGGAAGACAUUCUUUUGAAUAUCUUGUGUACCGAAGUUUGACUGCGGUUUUGACAUGUUCAUUUAUUUUUGUGUGUUAGCAAUGUACUGAGAUGAGUGAACAUGCUGAAGCCCAAAUAACUUUGCACUGAAAAUGUAUUAAGACCCUUAAAUGCAACCGCUUCAGGCUGGGAAUAUGUUUUCAUAGCUCAACCAUAAGGAAAUGACUCAUUUAUUAUAUUGUGUUUUAUACUCUCUAUCUGUUAUAUAAAAGGACUGUAAGGUACAGUUUUGAAAAGGGACACUGUCUUUCCAUGAAACUCCCUUCUCUUCCCUCUUCUUCCAGGAUUGAUGGAAUGCAAAUUAAAAUUGCACCUAACCACUGAUUUUAGCUCCAGGAUCUGGAGACUACUGCAAUUUGCUGAUUUGGCUUGAUUUUAAUUAGUUUAGACAUUGUAAUGUGAAGAAAGAGAAUAGCUGGUUUCCAGCAGAUCUGAGCUCCUUGUGAUAUCUUCAGCUUAUUAAUAGUUCUUUUGUUAUUAGAGCAUUUUUAGCAUUUGAGCCACCUUUGUUACGAAAAAAAAAUGCUUAGUUAUUCAGAAACAUCUGUAGGGAAGUGAGGUUAGUGCAUUCGAUCACUGUUUGCCAGCCCCCAAGGGGUGUGUGAGGCACUGCUGAGUUCAGUGGGCAGUGAAAUGUUUUUCUCACUCCAGCUCUGGUAGCAGCUCAGGCUGCUGUCCCAACUCAGAGCCUACUGUGCAGGAGUAAUGGAAACCUUUCUGCCAAGGACAGCUUCCUGCAGGUAAGUUUGAGCUAUGACCUUUCACUCUUGGCCCUGUAAUUCUAUUUAACUGGAGAAAAAAAGACAGCCUGGACAACAGGACCUGAGGAUUUCAUGGGCUGUUUGGGAUGACUAAAGGAUUUUGCUGGAUGUGGCAGUGGCUGUCAUGACCAUUCUGCCUCUGGGAUGAUAGUAAACAGCAGAUAGUAAACUGUUAACAGGAUGGAGUGUCCUGAUAAUGUGGUUUUUUUUUUUUUAUCUGUGCCUUUCUUUGAGACAGCCUUUAUGUGGCAAUAUGGCAAAAGAAGUUUUCCUUGGUACUGUGUGGCCAGUUAGUAAUCAGUGUCAAAAUGAAUGCAUUUCCAGAUUUAAAAGAAAAAGGAAAGAAAAAUAAGUCUUUACAACCACAGGCAUUUUAAAAUGGCAGUUUAUAAUAGAUGCUCACAGGUAACAUAAAAUCAGAAAACUCUGUACUCCUGUCAGUGUAUCUCUCUGUCUCUGAUCUCAACAUACUUGAAUUGCUACUGGAGAUUUGUAUGACACAUCUCUUGUUUCACUUCCUGGCUGUUGGGAUAGACUAUAUGCCUGCAUAUAUUUACCAAAUACCUAAUCCUUUCAGGUUUGCUAGGUGUCAUUCCAUCUGUGUUCUUCUUGGAGAUUUUUUGGGGUAUUGUGUGUUUAGUUUGGGAGGGUUUUAAUUUGUUUUUUUAUUGUUUUUUUGGUUUUUUUGUUUUGUGGGGUUUUUUAAUUAAUGCUGUUUUGUUUCCAAUGUAGCAACUUCUCAUGGUUAUGUGUUGAGGUCAGGGUGGUUUUAUGUUACAGCUUAAGUUGAUAGUUUGACGUUUAAUACCCUGAAAUGGAAUUGCAAAUACAUUAUAUUAAACUUUGACAUUUAAAUCCCCUGCCAUGGAAAAGUGGAUUUUUGUCUGCCACUUUUCAGGGGAAAUUCUGUUAACAAGAGCUUUGGCGUUUUAGAUUUGCACCAGAAAAAUAAGAUUCAUCACAUAACUUCUGUUGCAUUUUCAUGGUUAUGCUAUUAUUUAAGUUCAUUGGCAUUGUCCUAAAUGCUGUUUUUAAUGAAAUUUGUAAUGUUACAUCAUUUGCACGUCUGUUGGGAUAAACUGGUGUCAUGUCCAGCAAGCAUAUGGUCCAGACACCAGAGACUUUGCAUCUCCCUAGGCUUGCCAUUGAUGAGCUGGGCUGAAGGCAGACCUGAGAGACAUCAGUAGUAGGGCUUGCGCUGGCUUCAGUAAUGGUAGCAUUGAUAGCACUUCCCCAUGUGACAUUGGGCAAGUCACUUUUCUCCUUUUAUCUCAAUAUAACCAUCUUUUAAAUGAAGGGGGCAAUGUUUACCUACCUUACAGGAGGGCUGUGAGGCCAAAUUCAUUGGUUCAGAGGCUCUUUUAAGAUUCUGUAAUGAAACAUUACAAAGAAAUGCUUAUUGUAGUUUUAUGUUAAUAUCUCAAUUUUAUUCAUGCUGGCAUUCAUCCUGAAACCUCCUACCACUGACUUUAGCAUGCCAAGAAUUUGGGAUGCUUUCCCCCCACAUACCGAGGAGCGUGAUCUUUCCUCAAACACUCCAUCGUAUGAAUUAGGCAAAAUCCCGAAUAAGAGCUCCCUAGAUCAACUCUCUGCUUACAGGUGAACUCCUGACAUGCAGGAAACACAAUCAAAACUAGUGAAAAGCCCUCUUGUUUACGGAGCUGAUAGGAUAAAAUAUUCAUGGAUCAGAAAAAGACAAAGUGCUUUUGAUUUAAAAUUGUUGCAGGCAGGAAAACAAAAAUGAAGUUUUGUGCAUUUCAUCUGUAGGCCUUUUACUGUAUAGGAAUAAGUAUAUUUAAUACAGCCCAUUUUCAUCCCAGCAAGGUGCAGCAUGCAUAAAGCUUUCAGCAGGUUUGCUUUUUUUAUAAAACCAAAGUUUGUACAUUUGACGUACAUAACAUAAAAUCCUGAGGAAAACAGGUAGAAUACAGUUGUUGAUGAUAGUGAUAUUAAAGACAUCAAAAAACCCUGUGUCAGUGCUUAAUUACUAAUAAACUUUUACUGAGUAAGGCAUGCUGUUUGUGUUUAGAGCCCUGUGGUCCUCAUUAUUGCUUUGAUUUUAUGUAUCUCUCUUAUAAGAAUUCCAGGAACAAUAGGUAAAGGUACAUGGUGCAUAACUGAACCUUUCUCGAUCAUUUUAUCAUGGAUGUAUUUUAAACUUGUAUAGGGAUAAGCAUGAAGGAGUCAUGCAUAUGUAUAAAUAAUGUACUUGACCAGUGUAAAAAUAGUUCUGUUGAUGUAUUUGAAAUGUAAGUACAUUUUGUGCCACUAACACUGUGAUGUAUAAAAGAACUGUUGAAUGCCUUUUAAUGUUGUGUUUUGUACUUUGAAUCAUAUUUAAGAGUUUAAUUUGUAAUUUCAAUAGAUAUUUUAAAUGA